AUGCGUCUCGGCGUCAAGGAAGGUUCUCGCUUGACUCUCAAGAGUCCUCACCCUAGAAGAGCGUCCGUGCGCCGCACCAGCCAACCUUAUUCGAGGACGCUAAUUAGCAAUCUUCGAGUGGGUUCCACUGACUGGUGCUUGCGGGGUCGAGUCGUCAGCAAAUCGGAAAUUUUCGGUAUAUCUACCGGAGAGCUGUUUCACGCCCACAUCUCGGAUGAAGACUCAAAUACAGUCAAGCUGCUGUUCUUCGAUGAGGCGGCCCAUAUAUUCCACGACUCCAUCCAAAUUGGGGCCAUAUACUACUUCCGUAACGGCAAGGUCCUUCGAGCUCAUUCGAAAUUCAAUAAGGAGGCAGAUGUCGAAAUCAAAUUCGACACGUCGGCUGUUAUUGAAGCUGCCGAUGACAUCAAAGAUGUUACCGAGCUGGAUUAA